GAAGCUCAGAAUGAACAGACAAGAAAUAUAAGUAGACUAAUAAUGAAGGCACCAAGAGCCGCUGAGAAGCAGAGCCGUGUGGGUGAAAAAGCCAAAAGCUCUUCUCCGAGCAGGUGACAACGACUGCCACGACAAAGAGACGCCCGUCCUGACUCGCCACAAUGUCCGCCCGGAUCGCCCUGUGCGCCUUCCUCCACGCUCACCUCCCUGUGGCAGAUGCACAAUUUUUUGGUCUGACGGAUCCCAGAUACUGUUACCUUUUGGAUGGGAUAUUAUUUUUUUAUUCGAUCAUUGUUACUGCGCUUUUCUUUAGAGAGAAGCUGAUAAAGCGAGGUCCAGUGAACGGCGAUGAGAGGGCAGAACAGACGUACAGCAAACUUCAAUAUCGUGACCAAGAGGCUUAUGAUAAGAUCAAUAUUGCUGGAAAUGCUGAAAAAGGAAAGAACAGACAGAUGACGAGUCCGGAUAAUUCCGUCUAUCACGGCCUGCAGAGAGACAAGAUGAACGAUCCCUACAGCGACAUCAGAGUCAAGCAGCAACCCAGAAGAAAAGCGAAAGGAAAUGACACAGUCUAUCAGGGAUUAAGUGCAGCCCGAGACACAUACGACGCUCUGCAGAUGCAGCCUUUGCACUGAGGGAACGGCAAAAUGAAGAUUUCAACCCAGAGUUCUUCAGAAAUCAUUAAAAUUUUAGUUUUUUCCCCCCUUUUUUUUAUUCUUUAACGUUAUUCAAAAAGAAGCGAGACUUGAUCUAAAAUGCAAAGCACAGGCUAAAGGGGGGGGGGGGGUCUGAAAAACAUGGCGGCUUUCACCUAAAAACAGCGCCCCCCCUGUCCACAGGUUGCGUACGGUAUUGCAGCUGUUCACUUCCAUGGAGCUGAGCUGCAAUACCAGACACAACCCAUGGACAGGUGGCGCAGUUUCUGUCAGAAAGGAGCCAUUUUAUCGUUUUGCCUCCAGGCUGGUCUGUAUGAACAUCUAGGGGUCAUAGCAGGCGCACCGCACCAUUGCCUCAGCAUUCGUUUCAUCCAAAAUUGUAUCUACUUUUCACACCUUUUCCAAAUUUAUAUCCGCUUAAAACCAUGCGCAACCUCGCAAAAACUUUGCUUGACCUAUCUGGCACGAAUUAGGAGUUACAAUAAACUUUAUACUCCAGUCACACCCCAAGCAAAAAUGCAAACUUCCGCCAAUGCCCUGUUGCUAGUGCAUUGUGGGAGCCCAUACAAUAUCCAUUAAGAUUAAAAAACAUGAGGAGGAUCCUGAAUUCAGCUUUGGCUGUGACUGGAGUAUAAGAUCUAAGCUCAGAACAUGAAGCUCAAGUAGCAUUGAGACUGUGGGGUCGGAGAUCUUCUGGACGGCUUCACCCUCAUCCAGUCUACGGGAGGAUUGCAAAUGACUUUUUUUUGGCUGUAAAUAUUUUUCUUGAUUUCUGCAUUGAAUUUAAUAUAUGAAGCGCUUUGAAAAAUCUGUAUUAUUGGGAAUAUUAUUAUUUUUU